CUUUUGUUUGCUAGUGACUCGCGCGCCUCGUCUCCAUGGAGACGGAAGGCGGUGACAGUUGUGGAUGAGGCCAGUACACAGGCGGACACGGCCAUUACUGCGGAGCCACCGAGCUACAAUGUAAUUCAGCCCACGGCUCAAAGAUGUCGCCGCUGGUUCUUGGAGUAGGUGUUUGCUUGGCGGGGUGGAUCGCUCUUUAUGCGCUGCUGUGUUACACAAACAGCUCUUGUGGCUAUGAAUGGAACUGUCGUCUGGUCACACUGUUUCAUGGUAUCCUAGCAGUAUGUAUAACUGCGUAUAUAGGCUACAUAGACGGACCAUGGCCUUUCACCUACCCAGGCACGAAGAACACCCCUCUCCAAAUCACAGCAAUGGUGCUCAGUCUAGGAUACUUCAUCUUCGACAUGACCUGGUGUGUGUACUUUCAGAGUGAAGGUCUGGUAAUGCUUGCCCAUCACACCAUGAGCAUUCUGGGUAUUCUGCUGACCCUGUGGCUGGGUGAGUCAGGUAUUGAGUCCUGCGCCGUGAUUUUUGGCAGCGAGAUCACCAACCCGCUGCUACAGACACGCUGGUUCCUGAAGCGCUCUGGCCGCUAUGACACUUUCCUGGGCGAAUUGGUGGACUUCCUGUUCGUGGUGUUGUUUAUCAUUAUGCGAGUGUUUGUGGGCGGGGCUAUGCUGUACUGCGAGCUGAUUUCACCCAGGCCAAAGUUCAUUAUCAAGUGCGGUGGUGUGGCCAUGUAUGUCUUGUCAUGGGUGUUUGUGGCAGACCUUUUACGUUUCCUAUAUCGUAAAAGCAAAAAAUCCCAACAUCGGAAGAGUUCAGCACAAGUACAUGCUGAGACCAAUGGCCAAGAAAUUAAGAGGGACUGAUAGGAAGGUUCAGACUGGACAGCAUUUUUAUCAGAAUAUACAUCUUUACUCUUGUUUAUCAGAUAUAAACUUUAUCUAACUUUGUUCACAAUGUUUUUAUGAACAUGAUUGUAUUAUGAUGGAAAUAUUCCUGAAUAUCACAAGUUUGUUUUAACUGAUUUACACUUGAAGUAGUAGUUUAUAUGCUUAUUUUUUUUACUUUUUUUUUAAAAAAACAACCUUUUCUAACAUACAUAGACAACAACUAACUUGGCUCUAACUUAGUCUAUUCUAGUAAAACUUUCGAAAGCUCUUUUUUUAAGCCUGAUUCUGUUAAGCGACUCCUAUAUCGCUUUUUAAACACUGAAGUAGACAAGGUGAAUAAUGGUUAUUAGGUAAAAUGGUAAUUAUAUUAAAAUACGUUUUUUACAAUACCCAUGAACUUGGGUGCUAAUCUUAGAAGUAAUUUUUAUUGUCUCAAAUUUAUUUUAGAUAUCAGUAUUUCAAAAUUAAUCAAUAAUUAUUAAAAAGAAAUGAACAAAUAAAUAAAACAUUAUAAUAAUGAACAACACACUGUGAAGUGGGUAGAAGUUCACUUGUGUAAGAAAUUGUGGAAUUUUCCUUUGAGCCACAUUGAAGUUUUGACACUUUUUUAACUUGUGCAAUAUUGCUUGUACAUUUAUUGUGGUUUUUACAUUUUUGUAAAACUAAGGAUUUAAACUAAUUUUAACA